AUGAGUUGGAUCAACGUCUCUGUCAGGGACGGCCAGGAUGGGGCCGGUUCGAAUGCUGCUUCAGUUGCAAGGAUCAAGAUCACUUGUCCUCCAGGAGUUAUCGACGCUACACUCGACGGGCCGGUUACCCUACAAAGAUUUGGCGACACUACUCUAUUUCGCAUUGCCAUCCAUUACAACAACAGUCGAUUCAACCAUGCAGUUCUUUGUAUUUCUCCUAAUGCUGCCUGGACCGUAUCCAAACCAAAGAAACUCAUCAGCCAAAACACGAGGACUAGAUUUUUGGUGAUGAAGUUUGAUCUCCCUGAAGACAACCCCGAAGGCUUUGUCAAAUUGGAGGUUACUCUCCCAUACGAUGGAGAAGAAGGCAAUGCAAUGCUGUUUGCCCAAGCUGCCGUCUAUGCAUCUUGCGUCGUCUGUGACCGCGUCAACAUGGAAGCUGCAGAUGCCACCACCAAUGAUGAAUUGGAUGAUGAAUCAUUCGAAUCGUUUCAGGGCACUGUAUCAAGUCUAAAUCUAGUCUAG